ACAUUUGUACCUGGGUCCCUAUGGCAGCAGGGCAGGCUGAAUGGGGAUAUUCCCAAGCACAUUUGUACCUGGGUCCCUAUGGCAGCAGGGCAGGCAGAAUGGGGAUAUUUCCAAGCACAUUUGUACCUGGGUCCCUAUGGCAGCAGGGCAGGCAGAAUGGGGAUAUUCCCAAGCACAUUUGUACCUGGGUCCCUAUGGCAGCAGGGCAGGCAGAAUGGGGAUAUUCCCAAGCACAUUUGUACCUGGGUCCCUAUGGCAGCAGGGCAGGCUGAAUGGGGAUAUUCCCAAGCACAUUUGUACCUGGGUCCCUAUGGCAGCAGGGCAGGCAGAAUGGGGAUAUUCCCAAACACAUUUGUACCUGGGUCCCUAUGGCAGCAGGGCAGGCAGAAUGGGGAUAUUCCCAAGCACAUUUGUACCUGGGCCCCUAUGGCAGCAGGGAAGGCAGAAUGGGGAUAUUCCAUUGCAUAUAUCCACCGGGGCAUCCCUGUACCAGUAGGGAGAUACUGGGGUCCCACUAGGGAAAGCACAGUUGGGGCUCUUCUUUUGCAGAUCUGUACCCAAAGGUCCCCUUGCUGAAAGAAAGGGCAGAGUUGGGGGUAUUUUGCAGAUCUGCACCUGUUGGACCCAGUGCCAGUAGGAAGGGCAGAGUUGGGGGUAUUUAGCGGACCUGCACCUGUCGGACCCUGUGCCAGUAGGAGGGGCAAGGUUGGGGGUAUUUAGCAGAUCUGCACCUGUUGGACCCUGUGCCAGUAGGAAGGGAAAAGUUGGGGGUAUUUAGCAAUUUGCACCUGUUGGACCCUGUGCCAGUAGGAGGGGAAAAGUUGGGGGUAUUUAGCAGAUCUGCACCUGUUGGACCCUGUGCCAGUAGGAGGGGUAAAGUUGGGGGUAUUUAGCAGAUCUGCACCUGUUGGACCCUGUGCCAGUAGGAGGGGUAAAGUUGGGGGUAUUUAGCAGAUCUGCACCUGUUGGACCCUGUGCCAGUAGGAGGGGUAAAGUUGGGGGUAUUUAGCAGAUCUGCACCUGUUGGACCCUGUGCCAGUAGGAGGGGUAAAGUUGGGGGUAUUUAGCAGAUCUGCACCUGUUGGACCCUGUGCCAGUAGGAGGGGUAAAGUUGGGGGUAUUUAGCAGAUCUGCACCUAAAACAAAAGCAGAAGAUAAUGCAAUCGCCAUGUUAUAUUGCGCCUAGGGUAAAAGCAAUGUGGGGGGCACACAGCAGUUUUAAUACAAAAUUCAACCUGAGCGCAUUUACUUUCAAUUCUUCCGCCCAUAGAGAAAGCAGAGUAAGAGAGUGAGGGCCACUGGGCAGUACAGGGUGCAUAUAGGGAGCCGGAGUGGGGCCCCUGCCAGGCAGCCUGACCAUCAGCCCAAGGGCCCCAGAUUCCAAGCAAAGCGCGAUCUGUACAUUUCCAGUUAAAUCGUUUCCCGGUAGAAGCCGCAGCGAUUCCUGCAGGAGGGAGUUGUGCGACCGGGAACAAGGCAAUGGGUUUCCCUGGGAAGCGCUAUCUGAUGAGCCAGUCCCAUCGGAGAGAGAGCGCUCCUUACGUCUGCAGCGCAAAGUGGAUAAAGUGCGCUACUGUCCUGCGACUGGGGGUCGCACUGGGGGGGCUAAACGUACUCGCACCAACCUGCAUUGUUUCCUCCCACAUCCAAUUCGAUAUUAUCAGACCCAGCAGCCACCUCACCGGCAUCCUAAACUAUAUAUAGAAGAGCCAUUCACAGCGCUGGCGAUGGUUUCCACCAGCUGAGAGUCGCAGCAACUCUCCCCCCCCCCCCCCGUCCCCAGAUUCAACCUAGAAAGUGCCACAAGCUCUGUGCCAUUUACCAGCCAGGAGAGCUGAAGCUUUUCCCAAAGUGUCACUGGUCUGUGCCAUUUACCAGCCAGGAGAACUGAAGCUUUUCCCAAAGUGUCACUGGUCUGUGCCAUUUACCAGCCAGAAGAACUGAAGCUUUUCUCCAAAAGUGCCAGAAAGCAACAGACAAGCAGCAGCAGCAGGAUUCCAAACUGGACGGAUUGCGCUUACCUGGAGCAGCUAUGAAUAAACUCAGGGGUGCUGCCAUGCUGGUUGUGGUGCUCUUGGUGCUGCCUGCCUGCCACUGCAAAGAGAGGACUGACUCCAGGAAUAUAACUGAGAAAAACCUGAUGAACUUCAUUGUGAGACUCAUUAAAGAGGUUAAAGUGUACCGUCUGCAGGAAGGCAAUGGGAAGCAGCAUUUGGCCAGGAAAGAAGACUACAGCCUGGACGAGAAGGAGAACCCCAUGCCAGAUUAUGGAUAUUAUCAAGAUGAGCAGCGAGUGGAGAUAGUUCCGAGAGAUCUUCGGAUGAAAGAAAAGUUUUUGAAGCACCUUACAGGUAAAGGUCGACUUUCGUUCAACAGCCCAAACUGCAAUAAGCUAUUCCGCAGACUGUAUAACACUACGAAGGACUGCACCACCCCUGCACAUUAUAAAAGAUGUGCAAGACUUCUUACAAGAUUGGCAGUCAAUCCUAGGUGUAUGGACGGAUAACAUACUAAGAUGUGAAAGAUGACCAAGAAAAAAGAAAGAAAACCCAAGAACUACGAAAAAGUGCCUUGGAAACCAACAGGGAAACAUUUGACUUGUUUGUAGCAUAUUCCAUUGUGAACUAUAGAAGAUUUAUUUUUGCAUACUGAUGGAAUACUGUACUUCCAUGUUCCCCUCUUACAUUUUAUAUGUGGUCUUCUCUAUACAGAGUUGUGUAUAUGUACCAUGCAACUGCCAUGAUAGUCUAUUGCCAUCUGGCUGCCAAAUCCACUAGUAUGUGACUUGAUUGUGGCAGACUUUAGUCUAGUAAUAUCUCUGUCAUUAUUCGUGUAUCCAAGACUCAGUAGUUAGAGCUUCGCACUCCCGUUACAAUGAAAGCUUAUGCAAUGGAAAGUCAGAACAGGAGAAAGACACGUUCAGCUCUCUGGUUCCUAAAGGGAAAACCUUCCCAUCAUCCCACUUGUCAAGGGAGCCAAGAACUGUAGAUUGGCGGCAGCUUAUCUGUCCUUGGUUGCCUGUUGCUGAGUUAAUCAUCUGUUUUUUUUGGACUUAAAAUUCAAUGCUAGGAUCACAAAGUAUUAUUGGAGUUAUUUAUUAAUUGCAUGACUAUUGCCUUGUUCAUUGUCCGUGCAAGACAAUGUAUUCUUAUGCAGGUUACCAUGAUAAAAAUAUUGCUGCGUACGGUUCACUUUAUGUAAGAUAUAUUAGAAAUAACGUGUGAAUAAAUAUGUUGGAACAAAAUGUGAAUUUGUACAAACGUAUACAGGCUAAUGCCGUUAGUUUUAUGUAAAUUACGUGUACAAAAACAUUCCAGCCCACAUGUGCAAUAUGUAAAUAAUUGUAAAUAGGCCAUAUAUAAUAAAAGUGUUUGUUUUAAUACA